CCUUCGAAAAUUUUGUAACCAAUCGAUCUAAAAAUUUUGGUUGUCGCGUGACUGUCCAUUCGCCAUUUCCACAUGUCUCAUAAUCCUUUUCGUGUUGGGGGGCAAGUUGCAAACGCGCGGUUAAUUUGUUUACACCUGUCGACCGUCGCAUGUGUCUUCGUUGCAACUGUUUUUUUUUUCCCAAAUGGGUAAAAGCGACUUUUGCUGCACCCCAAAUUGUUCAAACAGAAGAAAUAGGCAACGAAACAUCCAAUUCUAUCGGAUUCCCAAGGAUAAGGCCGUGAAACAAAAAUGGCUACAACGGAUACGCAGGAAAGGUUUCCAACCCACGGAGAGCACACGACUAUGUUCGCAACACUUCCUUGGUGGAAAAAGAUCAAUGGAUCCAGCCAGUGCCUCAUACCUGCCGUCUGUGUUUGAUCACAGCCAUAAUAAGAGUGUUAAAACGAUAAUUACUCGAACAAGUCGCAAUGCAGGCUCCCAAGUUGAUCAUGUACCCAAAGUGAAGCGAAAGUCCAGCCGGGUAAGUCCACUGAACGCACUCUACAGGCUUGAUUCGUUUAAAUUAAUUCAUUAUUUUUGUAGCUCGAAAUCGAUUAUUAUAUCUGUUUUUUAUAAUAAACUUGAAAUAAAGUGCUUUCUUGCUGCUGUGCAUAGUUUCACAAGGAACAUAGUUUUUCACCUUCAAUUCAAGGAGCAAAGUACAGCUGGCCGUACCUGUUCUUCUGUCAUCACAAAACCAAACACCUACUGGAAUGAAUGCCUUCCAAGCAGUAAUACUUUAAAGGAGCACGACUAUGUGAGUGUCCAGGCAGAUGCCAAUGCACAAAAAAUUGCUGAAGACAGCCCAGAGCUCAUUGAAAUAAUUAGAGAACUUCAAGAAAAGGUGACAUCUCUUGAAAAAGAGAAUUUAAAGCUAAGAGAGAGACUGAUUACUUUAGAGGACAUUCAGAAAAGUGAAAAGUUGUGCAGCUUUUACACUGGUUUUCCUAAUUAUGGGACUUUCAAAGCCUUGUUUGAUUAUCUAAAAGAUGCAGCUGCUACCAAAAGGAACUGGCGAGGAGGAGAAACUGCCAAUGAGUCAUUUUUCUGACAGAUUUCAAACAAAACCUGGCCCAGAUUCAAAACUGACACUCGAAGAGGAAUUUCUUAUUGUUAUGAUGCGAUUGAAAGUGGGAUUGUUUCAGAAGGAUUUAGCCCAUAGAUUUGGUAU